AUGAUUGCGAAAACCAGUUAUGCAAAUCCGCAGGCCAGCUGUCCGCAGUCUGAAGCAGCGAUCCGGCUCGACUCGCCCGUGUCUUCGUCUCUAGAAAACGGCCAGAUCUUCAUUAGCGGCACGUCUUCCAAGAGGGGUUCCCGGACGCCCACCGACGGCAUCGACCCAGAGGAGAGCAGCAGAAAGCCCCUGGUAUCGUCCGCCACCGCCACCGCCGCCUACAUCAUGACAUCGGGGGAGUUCGUGCAGACCGCUCCCAUGCUCGUGCACAAAUCCAAAAGGAACUUGCUGUACAAGGCGCUGUGUUUUCUGAUCCUCAUCUUCCAGGGCGGCGUUCUGGAUUUCUACCUCAUCAUCUUCACGGAUCUGUACUGGUGCUCCUGGAUAGCCACGGAUCUUGUGGUGAUCUCGGGCUGGGGGAUUUUCUUCAUGAAGAACGCCAGGAGCAAGAGGGAGAGGGCCUGCGGGUUCCAUCAGAAGAGCUCCAUAUUUGGGUGCAACCUUGGCGAGUUCACCUAUGCAUACCUAGCGUGGCUCAUUUACGUUAUCGCAUGUACACCGAAAGUGGUACUUAUUCUAGAGACGUCGAUCCUGGACCUCAUCGCGCUCAAAGUCCCAUGCGGUAUCACUGGCUUUAAAAUCAUCAUGUUGCUUUCCGCGCCUUUGCUUUAUUGCCUAAUCAAUUCUAUCAUUGAGGAUUUGAACGGGGCGACGCGCCACCACUCCCAGAGCUGCUUUAUGACCACCUGUCUGGAUCUGCUCGACAGCUUCACCUUGGUGGAGAUGCUCUUGAGGAAUGAGACACCAUCAGCCUACCUGAAGUACACCGUGAUCUCGGUGUACUUCAUCGGUCUCGCAGUCCCAGUCAUCUGGCUUUACGAGCUGACAGCCACCGGGAUGCGCUGCCACUGGGUCUGGGCGAGGUUCCUGGUCGGCGCGAUCGUAAAUGCGCCCCUACUCGUGGUUCGAUGUUUCCAGGUCUAUGUUUACAAGAUGCCUAUUUCCGUGUUCAUGUUUAAGAAUAUCUUUUUCAUGGCUUUUAAAAGUCUAGAACUGCUGGAGCAGUGUCUCACGGUGAGGGCGGUCCGGAAGUUUGUGAGCGGUACCAACCCCGCACAGUUUUCCCACUGCGUCUCGGAGAAUGACAUGUGCCCCCACGGCUACGUCAACACCCUGGCUGUCACCACGCAGUCUUAG